CACCGAAGAAUCGAUGAUAGAAGAGGAAGAGGAAAAGAUGAAACAAAGAACGGAAAAAGAGAUUGAGUAUUUACAAAGUGAAAGAAAUGAACAGAGGAAAACAAUAAAUAUAAAAAUUGGCAAAGAAAUGAUGGAAGAAGAAGAGGAAAAUGUAGAAAGAGAGCUAAGGGAGAAGAAGAGAAAGAUUGAUAUGGAAGGAAGAGAAAUAGAAAUAAAACUAAGGGAACUAACGAAGAAGAAGAAUGCGGAAAUGGAGAAAAAAAAAGCGGCAGAAUUGCUCCGGUAUCGAAAGUAUCCGGAAAACAAAGCAUCAGAUUUGCUGAGGGAGCUGGAAAAACGGGCCGAAGAAGCACGCUACACCGCCAUUCAGGCACGGAAAAAUUCAACCACAAUGGACAAACUGGUGACCGAAGCAAGACAACAUCUUCAUAUGCUGAGGUGCCGGAGAGUUGCGGAAGAGCAAAAAGAGAAGAAUAGCAAUAGUGCUGGCAAGAAAUAGAUAUUGUCUUACGUGUAUUCGCAUUUCGUCAUUCA